AUGAAUCAAGCAGUAAAAGAAUCAAUUACAAAGUCAUUGCAAUCAUCUACAGCUGAUGUUCCACCAUCCGCUCAUUCACCAACCAAUACUCAUCAUGGUGAUUCUUUGGAUGUUGAACAUUUACAUUUAGAUGAUCAUAUUACCAAUACAACCAACAUUUUCCAUAAUCCACCAGUACCAGUAUUAUACGAACAAGCAUUGGCUUUUGAAACUGGAUCUGCUAUUACUAGUACCGGUGCUUUGAUCACCCGUUCCGGUGCAAAGACUGGUCGUUGUCCAAAGGACAAGCGUAUUGUGCAAGAGUCAAGCUCCGAGGGUGACAUUUGGUGGGGUCCAGUCAACAUUCCACUCGACGAUCUAUCGUUUAUGAUCAAUCGUGAACGUGCUAUCGAUUACCUCAACACGCAAGACAAGUUGUUUGUCAUUGAUGGUUUUGCCGGUUGGGAUCCCAAGUACCGUAUCAAGGUGCGUGUCAUUUGUGCACGUGCCUACCACGCUCUCUUUAUGAACAACAUGUUGAUUCGUCCAACCAAGGAAGAACUCAAGGAUUUUGGUGAACCAGAUUACACCAUCUACAAUGCCGGUCAAUUCCCCGCUAAUCGUUUUACAAAGGGUAUGAGUAGUGCUACCUCUGUUUCAAUUGAUUUUGCCAAGAGAGAGAUGAUUAUUUUAGGAACACAAUAUGCUGGAGAGAUGAAAAAGGGAGUUUUAACCAUUAUGAUGUAUUUGAUGCCAAAGCGUGGAGUACUUCCAUUGCAUAGUUCAUGUAAUGAGGGUAAAAAGGGAGACGUUACUUUGUUCUUUGGUUUGUCUGGCACGGGCAAGACUACGUUGUCUGCCGAUCCCCAACGUUAUUUGAUUGGUGACGAUGAGCAUGUGUGGACCGACGAGGGGUACACUGCCAAGGUCGCCGGCACAGAGGUCGGUGUCACCGAGCCAACCGCCGCCUUCUCAUCGUGCUACGGUGAGCCAUUCAUCGUAUGGCAUCCAACCAAGUACGCCGAGAUGCUUGCCGAAAAGUUGCGUACCCACCAAGCCACCGCAUGGCUCGUCAACACUGGCUGGACCGGUGGCAGCUACGGCAUUGGCUCGCGUAUCCGUCUCGCAUACACCCGUGCCAUCAUCGACGCCAUCCACAGCGGCGAGCUCGCCAAGCAAGCCACCACCAAGAUGGACGUCUUUGGUCUCCACGUCCCCAACGCAUGUCCCAACGUUCCCAGCGACAUCCUCAUGCCAUCAUCCACCUGGGUCGACAAGUCCAAGUACCAAGCCACCGUCACCAAGUUGGCCACCCUCUUUAUCGAAAACUUUAAAAAUAGUCGUCGUGAUGGGUUAGAAUUGACAAAUAAUUAA